AUGUCCAGGAGGAAACAGAGCAACCCCCGGCAGAUCAAACGUUCCCUGGCAGCAAUGGAGGAAGGCGAGGAGGGUCUGGCAGGGGACAAAAGCCCCUUGGAGAGGGAAGGGGCCACCUCAGAUCAUGAGGGCUCUGCUGAAUGUGACACCUCCAGCCCCCCCGGCAGCGAAGAGUCCAGAGACACUCCAGAGAGUCCAAAGGAGCUGGAGAAGCCAGAUCCUGGAGAUAACCUACAGGAGCCAGAUGCCUGGAAUGGGCCUGAUGAGCUGGAUCUGGCUGUGCAGGAUGGGGAGAAGCAGGUGAGAACUCGCAGGAAUCUUCCUGAGGGCUUCUCCUGGGGACCUUUCCAGGGCAGCAUCCACAGCGAGCCAGCGUCACCCGGGCAUGGAGAGACGCAGAGCCCACCCGUGACACUGGUGCUGGGGGACGAGAGCUGCUGGUUGUCCCAACUGCCUCUCGUGCCUGGAGAGCCUGAUGCUAACGCUGUGAUCUACAGGAAAGAUGAAGCCCUGUGGUGCCGGACAACGCGUGCCCUGCAGGAGGACGAGUGCCUCUGCGCCUUCGUGGUGGCCGAGCCGCCGGCCAUCGCCAACCAUCACACGGUGAAAGCGGAGCCCGGGGAAUCAUCCUACCCAGCUGCCCUGCACUCAGACAUCCAGCUACUGCCCCAGCAGGCGGGCAUGGCUGCCAUCCUGGCCACUGCCGUGGUCAACAAGGACGUCUUCCCAUGCAAGGAUUGUGGGAUCUGGUACCGGAGUGAGCGCAACCUCCAAGCCCACCUGAUGUACUACUGUGCCAGUCGGCAGAGUGCUGGCUCCCCUGCCCUGGAGGAGAAGCCCAAGGAGACCUACCCCAACGAGCGUGUCUGCCCCUUCCCCCAGUGCAAGAAGAGCUGCCCCAGUGCCAGCUCCCUGGAGAUCCACAUGCGAAGCCACAGUGGAGAGCGGCCAUUUGUCUGCCUGAUCUGCCUGUCUGCCUUCACCACCAAAGCCAAUUGUGAGCGUCACCUCAAGGUGCACACAGACACCCUGAAUGGUGUCUGCCACAGCUGUGGCUUCAUCUCCACCACGAGGGACAUCCUCUACAGCCACUUGGUCACCAACCACAUGAUCUGCCAGCCAGGCUCCAAGGGAGAGGUGUACUCACCAGGAACAACCCUGCCUGCCACCAAACCCCUCACCACUGGGCUGAGCCAGCCGAACAACGCUCCCCAGCUGCGGAAGUGCAGCCUGCCAGCCUUCCUGCCCGAGGGGCUGCCGGCACUGCCACAGCACGUGGUGCUGCAGGGCACCCUGCCCACCCCACCGCCUGGCCCCGACUCUGCAGCACACCCAGCACCACCCUCCUCACCCCAUGAUGCCAAGGCUGACAAGCUCUCACCGCCCGCCCAGCCGCAGAACGGAGAAGGUCCAUCAUCAUCAUCUUCCUCUUCCACCUCCUCCAGCGAGGCCAUCCGCAUCAAGGAGGAGCCUGCUGGCAGCCCAGCAAGCGAGGCAGGGGUACCAAAAAGUGGUGGCACUGAAGAGGGGGGAGGUGGCAGCCCUGAUGCCUGCUCCCGGACCUCAUCCCCUCACAGUUUGCCCUCAGCGAAGGUCAAGUUGGAGCUCGCCAGCCCCACACCAGGCUCCAGCCCGGUGCCCAGUGAGCCAGGGACGGGCACGGCCGGUGGCACCGUCUUCCUACCCCAGUAUGUGUUCGGCCAUGAAGCCGCAGUGGUGCCACAGGCAUCAGAGAUCCUAGCGAAGAUGUCGGAGCUGGUGCACAACCGACUGAAGCAGGGCCAUGGUGGCACAGUGCCACCUGCCAUCUACACUGGCACACCAGUGCCCAAAGGUGCCACAUGCUUUGAGUGCGAGAUCACCUUCAACAACAUCAACAACUACUACGUGCACAAGCGCCUGUACUGCUCCAGCCGGCACCUGGCUGAGGACAGCCCCCCAGGAGCACGCAAGCUCAAAGCCCCCUCAGGACCCCUCAAAGGUCCCCCCACCCCAGGGACACUGCUGUCCCCCUCAGCAGGCGACAGGCAGGGGACACCGGUGGGUGACGGGGAUGCCGGACGUGAUGCUACGCUGCCGGUCACUACCCCAGAGGUGAAGGUUGAAGAUGGGGGGGCCAAAGUCGGGUCCCCCGAGGUGGAGGGUGGGUCAGGGCGGUGCAGCGAGGACAGCCAGAGCCCCAGCAGCUCAGCGGGGGACGAGGGGGACGAGGACCCCAGCAAGACUCUGUGCGAGGCGUGCAACAUCCGCUUCAGCCGCCACGAGACCUAUGUGGUGCACAAGCGUUUCUACUGCGCCUCCCGCCAUGACCCCCCCCUGCGCCGCCCCAACCUCCCCAAGAUCCCCUUCCUACCCCAGCCCCUGCGCACCCGCAAGCGCCGCAAGCUCUACGAGAUCCACGGGACAGCUCAGCGCCCCGCCGAGCCCCCGCCGGCCCCCGCCGAGCCCCUGCCAGCCCCUGACCCAGCAGCGGGGGCUGCCCCAUCGCCCCGGUCCAGCCCGGAUGCUGACGGUCCCAUUGACCUGAGCAAGAAGCCGCGGCGCCAGGGAGAGCCGGCACCGGCACCGAUGCCGCCCUUGGCUGACUACCACGAGUGCACCGCAUGCCGCAUCAGCUUCAACAGCCUUGAUGCCUACCUGGCCCACAAGAAAUACCAGUGCCCGGCCACCCCCCUGCAGCCCCGCACCCUUGAGCACCUCCAGAAGAUGAAGGGCACCAUGCCUACCCACCUCAAAGGGCGCCGGAGCCCCGGAAGCCCCACUGAAGGGGACCCUGAAAGUGUUCGGGGGAGGGCAGCUCCCGCAGGGAGCCCUGGCAUCGCUUACUCUGGGACGGACUCCGUGCAGCGUCACCCCAAAGGUCCUCUGUCACCCCCAGGGGUGAAGGGACCUCUCUCCACCUGUCCCUACUGUCCCCUCAAUGGGGUCAUCAAAGGUGACCUUCUCGAGCACUUCCGUAACGCCCACGGGCUCUUCGUGGCCAAGCUGGCAGCAGCCGGGCAGGGAAUCCCCGACACCCUUGUACCCAGUGCCAGCAGGACGCCCGACCCACCCCUGCCCACAGCGUCAUCCCCUCACCCACCUGCCCCCCGCCUCCACCGGGACAGCUUCAACGGCAAGGAGGGUCGGGAUGGAAGCAGCCCCCGACCCCCCACCUCACCCCGGCCCCCUGCUUCACCUGGAGCCCCUGAGGGACUACGGGAAGGUGCCCGUAAGCCCCCCAGCCCCCCAACCUACACAGACAGGGGGGUACAGACCCCCCCAGCCAAGGCUGUGCCCAGCCCUGUGCCCAAUGGCAACCACAGGUACUGUCGCCUCUGCAACAUCAAGUUCAGCAGUCUCUCCACCUUCAUCGCCCACAAGAAGUAUUAUUGCUCUUCCCAUGCUGCAGAGCAUGUCAAGUAAAACCCCCCCCUCAUUUUCCCCCACCACCAUCGGGGGACUGCAGGGGGUAAGGGGUCAGGAACUGAUUCCUGGCGUUCUUGUAGGAAUCAGGGUGAUGGAGGACCCCCAGGGAAGCUCCAGCAUCCAGAGAUCCCUUCAGUGUCCUCCAAACUUCACCUUUGGGUUGGGGGUCCCAGGUCAAGGACCCUCUGUGGGGGAGCACAGUGCUGGUGGGGAACUGGCCCCCAGAGCAUGCAGAACCCCCACCUCUGCCAAGUCUGAUGCUGUGGCGAAACUGAGGAAGGUGUACGGUCCCGUCCUUGCUCGGGAGGGCUGCAGUGAGGUGGGAGGGGAUUCAUGCCCCCAGGUAGACACUACAGAGAGGGGGUAGGGGCACUGCAGGGCUAGGUUUGGCCCCCAGGCACCAAGAGGGAGUGAGUGCACCCCCACCAUGGACCAGCCCCUGGAAGAAGGCAGCAGUGAAGGUGAGAGUGGAGCUACCCUGGGCGCCGUGUGUAUAAGUGU